CUCCAUCCCUAUGCAACGGCGCGACGCGAGUGUUACUUCCGGGCUCUGAUUGCGUGGAGCAAUAUAAACGGAUAGACCGGGACGCGGGGGAUACGUGCGUGUCGCCGGAGCGGUGUCUCACGCGGAGUUCGCGCGCAGGGGACGAGAGGGAAACGUUCGCCGAGAAUAGUUUCCUGUCAAGAAAGUUGGAACUUUCUCUUACGACUCCGUUCCAACCUAUUAAUCCAACAUCGACACAGCUUCACAACAUGAAGCUGAAGGAGGACCUCAACCCCAUGCUGCUCCUCCUCUUCCACCUCAUGGUCUGGAUCUACACCUUCAUCACCUUUCUGCCGUCCUACCUUCUCAGCUGGGCCUCCAACAGCGCCGGGGACCGUUACGGCUCAGAGGAAGAGCGAGCCAAGAGAGUCAAGGCCCACUCGGUGCUGGGCCCCGAGGGACCUUACAGAGCCGUGCGUGCCACCAAGAAGCUCCUGACAUCGCUGCACCCGGGAGUGGACACGCUGGAUAAAAUGUUCGAGCAUGCAGCCAGGAGGUUCCCACACAGAGACUGUCUAGGCACGAGGGAGGUGAUCAGUGAGGAGGAUGAGCAGCAGGACAAUGGGAAGGUUUUCAAGAAGGUUGUUCUGGGUCAGUACCGCUGGCUGACCUACGAGGAGGUGCUGACGGCGGCGUCCCAGCUGGGCAGCGGCUUGGCGGCGCUGGGUCAGAAACCCAAAACCAACAUCGCCGUCUUCUGUGAGACGCGAGCUGAGUGGAUGAUCGCGGCCCAGGCCUGCUUCAUGUACAACUUCCCAAUGGCCACCCUUUACUCUACGUUAGGAGGUCCGGCCAUCGCUCACGGGCUGAACGAGACUCAGGUCACCCACAUCAUCACCAGCAGGGAGCUCCUGGAGACGAGACUCAAGGCCAUCCUCAUCGAGGUCCCGAGGCUGCAGCACAUCGUGGUGGUGGACAACGCGCCGACCUCGUGGCCCGGCGCCGCGCGCGGCAUCACCGUGCAUAACAUGGCAACUGUGCAGAAGCUGGGCGCCAGGUCUGAGAAUGCGGCGCGGGAGCGGGAGCAGCCGCGGCCGUCGGACAUCGCCGUCAUCAUGUACACCAGCGGCUCCACCGGCGUCCCGAAGGGCGUGGUGAUCUCCCAUAGCAACAUCCUCGCCGGCAUCACGGGGAUGGCUGAGAGGAUCCCCAACAUGUGUGAGGACGACACCUACAUCGGUUACCUGCCUCUUGCGCACGUCCUGGAGCUCAGUGCGGAGCUCAUCUGCAUUUCUCAUGGCAGCAGGAUCGGUUAUUCCUCGCCUCAGACUCUCGCUGAUCAGUCCACCAAGAUCAAGAAAGGAAGCAAGGGAGACACCAGUGUCCUGCAGCCCACUCUGAUGGCAGCGGUCCCGGAAAUCAUGGAUCGCAUUUACAAGAAUGUGAUGACCAAGGUUGAGGAGAUGAACUUUGUCCAGCGGGCGCUCUUCAUUCUGGCGUACAACUACAAGCUGGAGCAGCUGGCCAGAGGAAACAGCACGCCCCUGUGCGACAGGCUGGUGUUCCAAAAGAUCCGCGCGCUGCUGGGAGGUCGCACGCGCGUCCUGCUGUCGGGAGGAGCGCCGCUCUCUGCGGCCACGCAGCGCUUCAUGAACGUGUGCCUGUGCUGCCCGGUGGGUCAGGGCUACGGCCUGACGGAGACCUGCGGAGCCGGAACCAUUUGCGAGAUGUGGGAUUACAGCACUGGGAGAGUGGGAGGACCACUGGUGUGCUGUGAGAUAAAGCUCAAAGACUGGGUGGAGGGCGGUUACCGCAGCACAGACAAGCCGCGUCCCCGGGGGGAGAUCCUGAUCGGUGGCCCGAACGUCACCAUGGGAUACUACAAGAGCGAGGCCAGGAACCAGGAGGACUUCUUUGUGGACGAGGACGGGCAGCGGUGGUUCUGCACCGGCGACAUCGGGCAGUUCCACGAGGACGGGUGCCUGGAGAUAAUAGAUCGAAAGAAAGACCUGGUGAAGCUCCAGGCGGGAGAGUACGUGUCCCUGGGAAAGGUGGAGGCCGUGCUGAAGAACUGCCCCCUGGUCGACAACAUCUGCGUCUACGCCAACAGCGAGGAGACGUACGUCAUCGGCUUCGUGGUGCCCAACCACAAGCAGCUCGUGGCUCUGGCCGAGCAGCACGGCGUCCGGGGCUCGUGGGAGGAGCUGUGCGGCAGCGAGGCCAUGGGCGAGCUGAUGCUCAAGGCCGUCACCGAGGCCGCGCUCGCAGCCCAGCUCGAGCGCUUCGAGAUUCCCCGCAAGAUCCGCCUGAGCCCCGAUCCGUGGACGCCCGAGACGGGAUUGGUGACGGACGCGUUCAAGCUGAAGCGCAAGGAGCUGAAAACGCACUAUCAGCAGGACAUCGAGAGAAUGUAUGGUGGGAAAUAAGGCCGUGGCCGGUUAUUCCCACACACCGGCCUCUGCACUGAACACUCCUCAGAGCUCAAAAUGAAAAAAAACCUAACAUUUAGAUCUUGCCAAUUUCCAAACAAGUUUACAAGUGACUCUGGAACCCAAUGCAGACGCCUCCCGUCCACCGCUGCUUUUCCCCGUUUGCUCCAUGUGCGUCCUCCACUUUGCUCCAGGUGCGGGUUACGACACAGAGGCUCCGCUGGACUCAGGCUUCUCCUGAGGCGGCCGCAGACGCCGCGUGCAGACGCCGCGUGCAGCCGCGCCUCCUGCGGGUCGGGACGCGGUCCGCGCGGCCCUGCAGUGUUUUUAGUUCUGCUAGUGGUUUAUUUGGUCGGCCGCCCGCGGUCCCUCUCAUCAGCACAUCUUGACAGCAAAAGCACAGAGUCAUUAGAGGGCAAAUGAGACGCGCUGGUAAAAUGACUAGGGUCAUGUCUGAUGUGAUGCUUUUUAUUAUUUAAAUGGAAACAGUACGGCUGUUUCUUCUUUUUUAGAAUAAAUUGACCUAAUAGUUUUAUUUAAAAAGAGCAAUACUGUUGUUUAGUCUACUGAACUUUCCUACAGUGAUAGUUUACUUUUCUAUGAGCUGUACAGAGCACAGUCUGCACAGAGGAGCUCAUCUACUUGCUUGUGUUACACUUGAAAUGAAUCAACGCCACCUCACGUUAAUGAUUUCUGCCCAUGUAAGGCAGUUGAUUACAGAUCGGCUUUAAAUAAAACUUUUUUCAAUGUGCAUGUUUGCACCAGCUGAAGUAUUUGCUCAGUUUCCCAAGAGCUCAGCUGAUACUAAUUCCGCCGGGCUUUCGCUGCCCGGCUUAUUUAUUAUCUGCACAAGUAUGACGGAGCGUCUGACUCAGACUUUGUGCACACAAAGCAGCGUCCCUCGCAGCACCUGUGGCCUUUUCUUGUGAUUCGGAGUCUCAAAUCUCCCACAAAAGCUAAUCUAAAUCCUGGUUGAUGUAAAUAUACGGUUCUCCCUGUACGUACGUGUUUUGUUAAGCUAUGAUCAAUUUAAAGCUUUAUUUUGAAAGACCGGGUCUGGACUUUCCUGUGUGAAAAUUGUGCCUUUUAACAUGAGUGCAUCUGAUUAUUGAAAAGAAAAACACUGAAAUGAAGAAAAUAAAGAUUAUGUUUGGUUUGUACAACGAAACAUUGAA